GUAAACAAAAAAAUCCAAAUCUGCUCCAAAACUCAAAAGUCAAAAUAUUCGAAAUCUAUGUUGGAGCCACAAAUUUUCUGCUGGGAAGGGUUACAUGAAGGAGCUCAAUCACACACUUGUUGCUCUUAUCAAUUUUGUUCAUCGUGUUGGUCUCAAGCUAAAGCUCUGAGGAGGAAGUCUGAAGAUGUUAUAAGGCGUUCGGGAAACAGUGCGGCCAUGGGGUUUCCCGAUCAGAUCCGCCGCGUACGACCGCGUUGCAAAAUCCGGCGAGAUUUCCAGGUGAUGAUUAGAUUCUGUGAUCAAAUUGGUGGGAAAAGUUGAAGACUUUAUCAUCCUAGAGCACUCAGGGAGUAGAUAGAUGCUGCUACCGUCAGUAACUAUCAUCUGUUGUUUCUCUGAAAAGUCAAUUUUUUUAUGGUCCUUCUUCGUUCGGUGGAGUUUCACACUUUUUGUCAUACGGGAGUUUCUGCGAAGGAGGCUUUAAGCAUUAUUAAAUUCAUCUUUGUUAGGAUGCUGCGUCAUGGUAUGUAUAUACUUCUAUUUUGUGCUUGUCUUAGUCUUGCAAAGUAGUAUUAUUUAUUGACUCAGUAGCCUAUAAAUACCUUGUCAUGCGAUUGAACAUUUUGGUCAACACUCAAUUUCCUCAUGGAAAAUCCUAUAGAUUUUUUUCUCCUUGAGCCCAUCUACUUUUCGGUGCUCUCCUUUUUCUUGAAUCUGGUGUUGUUGCUUCUUCUUUUUGGUUCAUGGGUUUACAAGAAGAAGGUAGCUUGUGAAUAUAGUGAUGGAUUCAUGAAUAAAGGGAUUAAGAUAGUGUCUUUCUUGUAUAAUAAUAAAGUGGUUCUUCUGUGUUGUGUGUCAUUAUCUGUGUUUUAUUCUGUCUUGUUUUCGUUAAGUUUGUUCCACUUGCAUACAAAUGGCUGGGUUCUCUUAGAUCUUCUGUUCGCUGCGCUUGCUUGGGGUGCCAUCUCUAUCAACUUGCGUGGCGUGAACACUGAUUCUCAGGAGCAAAAGUUACCUUUUUUGUUUAAAGUCUGGUGGGUUUUCUAUAUCAUGGUUUCUUGCUACCGUCUUGUGGUAGAUUUCAUUCUAUACAAGAAGCAAGAACUGGUGUCAUUUCACACUGUGAUUUCUGAUUUGGUGGGAGUUUGCACUGGCUUGUUUCUCUCUUGUUUGUGCUUGUGGAAGAAUGGAAAAGGGGAAAGGAUCAACCUUCUCGAAGAACCACUCUUGAGUAAUGUUGAAUCUAGUGAGAAUGAAGAGGUCACUACACCUUUUGCAAAAGCUGGGAUCCUAAGUCUCAUGAGUUUCUCUUGGAUGAGUCCUUUGAUUACCUUAGGAAAUGAGAAAAUCAUAGACAGCAAGGAUGUUCCUCAAGUUGAUUGUAGCGACAGAGCGGAGAGCCUAUUUUGGAUAUUCAGGAGUAAGCUUGAAUGGGACGAUGGUGAAAGAAGGAUCACCACAUUUAAGCUAAUCAAGGCACUCUUCUUCUCAGUGUGGCGAGAUAUUGUUUUGUCAACUCUGUUUGCUUCUGUCUAUACCUUGUCUUGCUACGUUGCACCAUAUCUCAUGGAUACUUUCGUACAGUACCUGAAUGGUAACAGACAAUAUAAAAACCAGGGUUAUGUGUUAGUGACAACUUUUUUUGUUGCUAAGCUUGUGGAAUGCCAAACACGGAGGCAAUGGUUCUUCAAGGCGCAAAAAGCUGGGCUUGGGAUGAGAUCCGUCCUGGUUACGAUGAUCUACGAAAAGGGGUUGACACUUCCAUGUUAUUCGAAGCAAGGACACACUAGUGGCGAGAUUAUAAACCUCAUGGCAGUAGAUGCUGACAGGAUCUGUGCUUUUACUUGGUUUAUGCAUGAUCCAUUGAUACUUAUUUUACAAGUUAGUUUGGCUUUAUGGAUCUUGUACAAAAGCCUCGGGUUGGGAUCAAUUGCAGCUUUUCCUGCAACUAUUUUAGUUGUGCUGGCAAAUUAUCCCUUUGCAAAGUUGGAAGAGAAGUUUCAGAGCAGUUUGAUGAAGUCCAAAGACAAGAGAAUGAAGAAAACAACGGAGGUCUUACUGAACAUGAAGAUUCUCAAACUUCAGGGAUGGGAAAUGAAGUUCCUUUCUAAGAUUCUUGAACUUAGACAUAUCGAAGCAGGCUGGCUAAAAAAAUUUGUGUAUAAUUCAUCCGCUAUCAGCUCUGUUUUGUGGACUGCACCUUCUUUCAUAUCUGCAACAGCUUUCGGCGCGUGUAUAUUACUGAAGAUUCCUCUUGAAUCAGGGAAGAUACUCGCGGCUCUUGCUACUUUCCGGAUUCUGCAAGGCCCAAUCUACAAACUUCCGGAAACAAUCUCGAUGAUUGUUCAGACAAAGGUAUCUCUUAAUCGGAUUGCCUCUUUUCUCUGUCUCGAUGAUUUGCAGCAAGAUGUUGUGGGGAGGCUUCCUAGUGAAGGUUCAGAAACGGCUAUGGAAAUCAGCAAUGGUAACUUCUCUUGGGAUGACUCUUCCCCAGUCCCGACAUUGAGAGACAUCAAUUUCAAAGUAUCUCAUGGCAUGAAUGUAGCUAUCUGUGGCACUGUUGGCUCGGGGAAAUCAAGUUUACUCUCAUCCAUACUGGGUGAAGUUACCAAAAUAUCUGGAGAUCUUAAAGUUUGUGGAAGAAAGGCAUACAUUGCACAAUCACCUUGGAUCCAAAGCGGAAAAGUCGAGGAGAACAUUCUGUUUGGUAAGCCAAUGGAAAGAGAAUGGUACGAGAGGGUGCUUGAAGCAUGUUCUUUAAAUAAAGACUUGGAGAUACUUCCGUUCCAUGACCAGACAGUUAUUGGGGAAAGAGGUAUCAAUUUAAGCGGUGGGCAGAAACAGCGUAUACAAAUCGCCCGUGCUCUUUACCAAAACGCAGAUAUUUAUCUCUUUGAUGACCCUUUUAGUGCAGUAGACGCUCAUACUGGAUCACAUCUAUUCAAGGAAGUUCUGCUGGGGCUUCUGAAACACAAGACAGUCAUAUAUGUCACUCAUCAAGUUGAAUUUUUGCCUGAAGCUGAUCUUAUACUGGUCAUGAAAGAUGGCAAGAUAACACAAGUGGGGAAAUACAAUGAGAUUCUUGAGUCAGGAACAGAUUUCAUGGCACUUGUAGGAGCUCACACCGAUGCCUUAGCAACAGUUGAUUCACAUGAAAAGGGAUCUGCUUCUGCCGAAUCAACUAUGAAGAAAGAAAACGAAUUACUCCAUGAUGAAGAAAAACAAGAGACAGAUUCGGGUCACAAGCCAAGCGGACAACUUGUUCAAGCAGAGGAAAGGGAGAAAGGCAAAGUUGGGUUCACUGUGUACCAAAAAUACAUGGCACUAGCAUACGGAGGAGCAGUUAUUCCGUUUAUAUUGGUAGUACAGAUUCUCUUUCAGCUUCUAAACAUUGGGAGCAACUACUGGAUGACUUGGGUGACUCCUGUUUCCAAGGAUAUGGAACCUCCAGUGGGCGGCGUCACAUUGAUUCUAGUCUAUGUAGUUCUAGCGAUUGCGAGCUCCUUCUGCAUACUCGUCAGAGCAAUGCUGGUUGCGAUGACUGGUUUUAAGAUAGCUACGGAACUCUUCACCCAAAUGCAUCUCAGCAUUUUCCGUGCCUCCAUGUCAUUCUUUGAUGCCACCCCAAUGGGUCGAAUUUUGAAUAGAGCUUCUACAGACCAAAGUGUCGCAGAUUUGAGAUUACCCGGUCAAUUUGCAUAUGUUGCUAUCGCAUCUAUUAACAUUUUGGGAAUUAUCGGAGUGAUGGUACAAGUCGCUUGGCAAGUUCUUAUUAUCUUCAUCCCUGUGGUCGCUGCAUGUGCUUGGUAUCGGCAAUAUUACAUAUCCGCAGCUCGAGAACUUGCAAGAUUAGCUGGAAUAAGCAGGUCUCCUAUGGUACAUCAUUUUUCUGAAACACUUUCAGGGAUAACAACGAUCAGGAGCUUUGACCAAGAACCAAGAUUCCGUGGUGACAUCAUGAGACUUUGCGAUUGUUUUUCUCGGCUGCGGUUCCAUUCGUACGGUGCAAUGGAAUGGCUCUGUUUCCGCCUUGAUCUCUUAUCCACAAUCGCAUUUGCUUGUUCACUUGUUAUCUUAGUUUCUGCCCCUGAAGGUGCCAUUAAUCCUAGCUUUGCAGGUUUGGCGGUUACAUAUGCUCUCAAUCUAAAUAGCCUGCAGUCCACUUUAAUCUGGACGCUUUGCGAUCUGGAAAACAAAAUGAUAUCUGUGGAGAGAAUGCUUCAAUACAUAAGUAUCUCCAGUGAACCACCUCUUGUGAUUGAAUCAACUCGGCCUGAAAAAUCAUGGCCUUCUCGUGGAGAGAUUACUAUCUCUAAUCUGCAGGUGCGAUACGGGCCACAUUUGCCUAUGGUGCUACAUGGACUGACAUGCACUUUUCCAGGAGGUCUAAAAACUGGAAUAGUUGGAAGAACAGGAUGUGGCAAAUCCACUCUAAUUCAGACCCUUUUUAGGAUUGUAGAACCUGCAGCUGGAGAAAUCAGGAUAGAUGGAAUAAACAUCUUGACCAUUGGGCUGCAUGACCUGCGUUCUAGACUAAGUAUCAUACCUCAAGAUCCAACCAUGUUUGAAGGCACGGUUCGUAGUAACUUGGAUCCUCUUGAGGAAUACACUGAUGACCAAAUCUGGGAGACACUAGACAAGUGUCAACUUGGGGAUGAAGUAAGGAAGAAAGAACUAAAGCUAGAUUCCCCUGUUAGCGAGAAUGGACAGAACUGGAGUGUUGGUCAGAGACAACUGGUGUGCCUGGGAAGAGUCUUGCUCAAGAGAAGCAAAGUGUUGGUUCUUGAUGAAGCCACUGCUUCUAUCGAUACCGCUACUGAUAAUCUGAUCCAGGAGACUCUGAGGCAACAGUUUUCGGAUUGUACAGUGAUAACAAUCGCACACAGAAUAUCUUCUGUUAUAGACAGCGAUAUGGUCCUGCUCCUAGACCAAGGUCUUAUCAAAGAACAUGAUUCACCGGCGAGAUUGCUUGAAGACAGGUCGUCAUUAUUCUCAAAGCUUGUGGCGGAGUACACAGCGAGUUCUGAUUCCAGAUCCAAAAGAAACUGUUAGAACCAAAGAUCCAUAAAAACGGGACCAAACAAGUUUGUUUACCGUCUUGCCUUUGUCGUGUUUCUAUUUUAUUUGUGAUCAGACGUUUGUGCUCUACUUUUUUAGCUGAUGAAACUUCCAUGAAAGUGGCAUAAUUAAAUUGGCAAAAGUAAAAAAGUUUGGACAUUAAAAGAUUUUAAAAGUAGACUUGGACUUUUUUUUUAUAGUCCAGUGGCUGUGACCACAUA